AUGACAGAAACCGACGAAACACAUAGCGUCGAGGAAGGAGAAGCGAGCUCCAGCUCAACCAGCAGUUCUGCGUCUGUUGGUGGGAGCGAUAGAUGUCCGAUAUGUCUGAACGUAUUUCGGGACGAAGUAGUCGGAACUCCAGAAACAUGCAGCCACACGUUUUGUGUCGAAUGUCUAUACGAGUGGGCGCAGCAAACGGCGACAUGCCCGGUGGAUCGAAGCAACUUCGACAACAUUUUGGUCAAAUCGAUAACAACCAGUCAUUUGAUACGCAAGAUCGUGGUGGAGAAAGUUACCAAAGUUGACAGUUCAGAUGAAUUGAACGAAGACGACUUGACUUUCUGUGAGGUUUGCAAUCGCUCGGACAGAGAAGACCAACUACUGUUAUGCGACGGCUGUGAUGCGGGGCGAAGGACUUCGCGCGGAAUUCCGCGUACUCGUGCCGCUGAACGCCUGAGGAGCAGAAUUGCUCGUCGACGAGAACGUGGCGUCCUCACCCCCAGCGAAAACCUUUCUCCUGCGGAGCGCAGUAAACCUCGAUCGGUUCAAUCCAAGUUGGUAGCCACUCUCGGCCUGCGAAAAGCGGAUCGUUAUUUGUUCCCACAGUACCACGCAAGCUUGUUGUCCAAGGGCAGCGCAAGUGGUAGUAGUUCCAGGUCAUCAAUGAGACUUGCUUUCAAAGGUUUUCUACCAUUCGAAGGAAUCGAAGAGCCGGAAGGUCCUCGUUUGCCAAGCAGAUCAGAGCCGAGGAUAUCGAACAAAGCGGAGGCGUUUAAUAAGCCGAUCAGAAAAGCGAAGAAUUCAAAUCAGGCAGCCAGUGCCCCUGCCGAGAACGAUCUUCUUGGCAAAAUCUUGGAAAAGCAGGCGGUGCUUGGUAUUUCAAGCCGAGAUUUGACGAUCGGCAAGGACGGCAGCAUUAACGUUAAGGACGAAACACAGCGGAAGCACAGUAGACAUGAUGAACUUAAAAAACGUGACGAUAGAGCACCGUCUUCCUCAGCCUAUGACCAUACGUGGAGAGAUCGGAAGAAAGAGAUGUCACGUGGCGGCGGCGAUCUGCGCACAGUGAAAGGAGAAAGUGCUAGUGGUGUGGCGGAGCGUCGCUGUUCACACGUGGCGUCGUGCAGCAAAUCUGUGCAAACGCCGCCGGCUCAGCCAAAAUCUUCACUUCCUUUUAACUCAGUGGAUGGCGAGUCGAUGGACCAUUCUGAAAGCGAACCGCUUCGUUCCGAGGCCAUGUAUCCGCGAACGGAUAAAAAACUGCUUCCCCCGUUGCCACUUCAUUUGAUACCAUUUCCUACAACCCGAUUAUUAAGUGGUAAUUGUUUAUGCAAAUUUUUUUUAUUUCAAAAAUUUACAUUUUCUUUAAUAUUAAAGUAUUCUUAUGAAAUAUCAGUUUCUCAAUAAUA